AUGUCCUCACCUGCAGCGGUAGCCACAGCGACUCGGCAAUAUCGAUGCCAGAAGCGCCAGAAGCCGUGCGACCACUGUCGCGAGCGCAAACUCAAGUGCCAGACUGACAACACCAACAACACCGGCGACGGCAACGACCGGCCGACGUGCCAGCGCUGCUCCCGCAGCAGAAUCCCCUGUACAUAUGUUGGCCGGCCGCGCCGACGGACGUCGGCCAUGCCGGCCAUCUCUGCCGCUUUUGACCCGAACGACACAGCCAUCUCCGUCGCCGAGGCGGAGACUUCCGAUAUUGACGCCUCCGCCCUACUACCACAACGUGACCAUGCCGCCGCCGACCUGCGACACGGAGGCCCCGAGCAGCAGCGCGGCGCUCCACCACAACACGCCAUCCUCCUCCUCAUCGUCGUUCCGCGGCGCGCCGACGACGCAGCUGAGCCAGACCAUGGACGGCAUCGAGGGCCGCAGCAUCGCGCUGCUGGGCGCGUCGUCCGAGUCGGAUCCGUGGCUGCUGCGGCACUGCCGCUUCGACCGGCUGGGGCUGCGCCCGGUGCGCGACAGGAUGCACGUCCGAAACGCGGGUGGCGUGCCAACAGCGGACAAGAUCCCGAUCCACUUCAUCGUCAGCGACGACAAGUGCCUGGAGCACCCGCUACUGCCGCCGCCGUACACGACCGUGGCCGCGGGGGAUGGUGCGCGGCUGCAGCUGAACCAGCUGGUGCCGCCUACCUAUGGCGUUCGGCUGAUAAGACUGCAAGUCAAACCCCUCCCCGUUUCUCUUCACAUGUGCUAACUAACAUGGACAGGUUUCGAAAGCACGUAUACCCGAUCCUACCUGUCGUCCCCAAUGCAUACUUGGACGCCGCGCACACCACCGCCAGCAGCGCUGAUGCUGCGUCCACCCCCGUCGCCGUGACCGCGCUGGACACCAUCCCUACGGCUGUGCUUGCCGCCAUGUACGGCCUCGCUCUGCCGUUCGCCCUCAACGACGAGCUCCUCGCCGUUGUCAGCGCAUUUGAGCAGCCCGCGCCGCUCGUGCAGCAGCUCUGGACGCUCGUGCACGCGCUCGUCCAGGCAGCCAUGCACCGGCCGUCGCUGUCCACUGUGCAAGCCGCGCUGCUCUUCCUGCACGGCGCGUCCGGCGGUGGCGGCGAUGACCAGUCCAGCUCGGCGUUUCUGUGGUCCUUUGUCGGGAGCACCGUCGGCAUGGCGCACAACCUCGGCCUGCAGGUCGAGUGCCGCAUGUUCGGCAUCCCGCACGCGGAUAAGCGGCUGCGCAGGCGGUUGUGGUGGGCGCUGUACAUCGAGGACAAGUGGCAGAGCCUGCUGAUGGGCCGGCCGCCGUACAUCCGCGCGGAUGAGUGGGACGUGGGCGAGCUUUGUGAUGGGGACUUUGAGGUCCCGGCGGCAGCGUCCUCGUACUUUGACGAGGCGGCGGCGACGACGGGACGAACGUUUGGCCCAUUUCGUGACAUGGCGCGGCUGGCCGUCAUCGUCGCUGAUGUGCAAGAAAAGCUAUAUUCGCUGCAAGCCUGCCAGAGGCUCGCCGAGGACCUCGCGCUCAGCAUUUCCACUGCGAAGCCUCUCUUUGACCAGCUCAACGACUGGCGGUCCUCCAUCAGCGCCGCCGCCGCCGCCCCGGAGCCUUUUCACGACGACACCGGCAGCGGCGGCGCGUACCCGACGACAGCGUACUUUGCCUACCUAACCGUGGUCACGUACGUGUGGCGGGCGCUGCUGCGGCCGACGGUGCGGUCGUCGCCGCCGCCGCGCAUCAUCGACGUCGAGGAGCUGCCGCCUCCGCCACCGCCGCCGGACGUGGGUGGCUUCUUCUUCGAGGAGCUCAGCUGGGACCUGUCCGACCUGCCGGAGAUGGAGCUGCACCUGGAAGAGGACCAGGGCGCGGCGCACGCGCACGGGGACGCGAGCGGCAGCAGCAGCGCGACCAUCAAGGAGCUGCACCAGGCGGCGCAGGCGUAUGGCGGGACGGUGGCGGCGUUCACGGCGAGGCUGACGUCGCGUCACUUUGACGAGUUCUGGUAUUCCUGGUCUCGGAUAGGGUUCGCUGUGGUGUCCAACUUUCUCACCGUGCUGCUUGUGCAGGCACCGACGGCUGAAAACACACCGCGAGCGAAAUGGAUGCUGGAGAGCUGGCGGCAGACGCUUCGGCAUCAGAGCAGGGCAUUUCCGAUCCUGCGACUGGCGAUGGCGCGGCUGAAUGCGUUUUACUGGGGGUCCUCUGAGAUGAGCACUGGGACCGCCAAUCAGCAGCAGCAACCCUGCAACACCGCCUGGAGCGAGCACGAGGAACCGCCGCCGUACGAGAAGAAGGAGCGUCUGCCGCCGUCGUAUCAUGACAUCAAGCGCGCCGAUCGGCACGCGGCGACGGGUUGGAAGGGAGCUCUGCGUCGCAUGUUUCCCCUGGAGCGACGCUUUGAGACCGUUACGCUAGGGCGUCACACCACAAGUACAAGUAGAGGUAUGUGA